UUGCAGGUUGCCAUGUUAAUGCUGCUUGCUUUUGGAUUGCUACUGCAAGAAAUCCUGGCAAAUUCCCAAGAUGACAAUCUUGCCGAAUUCAAAAACAUCGUGGAACAGCCGUUGGAUAGCUACAAAACUAUCAACUUGCCGGAGGAGCAUAUUCCUUACUUUCUGCACAACAAUCAGCACGUUGCCAGCACCUGUAAGCAGGACCCUCAUUGCCCAUACAAAAAAUACUUGAAGAAACUAAAAUCCUGCUGGGGUUAUGAGAAGUCCUGCAAAUCGGAUUACAGGUUCAGUUACCCAGUGUGUGAUUAUGUUGAAACUGGAUGGGCAAGUGACAUUGACACAGCCCAACAGAUAUUCUGGAAACAAGCUGACUUUGGUUAUGUUCGUGAGAGGCUGAACGAAAUGAAAACCCAUUGCAAGCCUGCAGCAAUGGGAGAUUCAUCUUUGACCUGUUCUCAGUACCUUCAGCACUGCAGAGCAACAAACUUGUACAUUGACUUAAGAACUGCAAAGAGAAACCAUGACAGAUUCAAAGAAGACUUUUUUCAGAAAGGAGAAAUUGGAGGUCAUUGCACCCUUGAUGUUCAAGCAUUUUUGGCUGAAGGUCAGCGCAAGAGCCCUCUGCAGUCCUGGUUUGCAGAACUCCAGACAUUUACCCCAUUAAACUUCAGGCCCAUAGAAGAUGGCAAAUGUGAUAUCGUUAUUGAGAAGCCAACAUACUUCAUGAAAUUAGAUGCAGGUGUUAAUAUGUACCAUCACUUCUGUGACUUUGUCAAUCUUUAUAUUACGCAGCAUAUCAAUAAUUCCUUCAGUACUGAUGUCAAAAUAGUCAUGUGGGAUACAAGCUCAUAUGGCUAUGGCGAUUUGUUCAGCGAGACAUGGAAGGCAUUUACUGACUAUGAAAUAAUACACUUGAAAACUUUUGACUCUAAAAGGGUGUGCUUUAAAGAAGCCGUCUUCUCAUUACUGCCUCGAAUGCGAUAUGGCUUGUUCUAUAACACACCCUUGAUCUCUGGCUGUCAUGGCACAGGGCUGUUUAGAGCAUUCUCUCAGCAUGUGUUACACAGAUUAAAUAUCACACAAGAAGGACCUAAGGAUGGGAAAAUUCGAGUCACAAUACUUGCACGCAGUACAGAUUACCGGAAAAUAUUAAACCAGAAUGAGCUUGUGAAUGCUUUGAAAACAGUAUCGACGUUGGAGGUCCGAGUGGUAGACUACAAGUACAAGGAGCUUGAAUUUUCAGAGCAAUUGAGAAUUACGCACAAUUCUGAUAUAUUCAUUGGGAUGCAUGGAGCUGGACUUACCCAUUUGCUUUUUCUACCAGACUGGGCUGUUGUUUUUGAACUAUAUAAUUGUGAAGAUGAGCGUUGUUACCUGGAUUUAGCAAGGCUGAGAGGCAUUCACUACAUCACUUGGCAAAAAAAGAAUAAAGUAUUCCCUCAAGAUCAGGGGCACCACCCAACGCUGGGAGAACAUCCAAAAUUUACAAACUACUCCUUUGAUGUGGAAGAAUUUAUGUACUUAGUGCUUCUGGCUGCAAAUCAUGUUUCACAGCAUUCCAAGUGGCCGUUUAGGGUAAAACAUGAUGAAUUCUAGAUCAGACUUUAGACUGAAAUAUUAUUUUAAAUAAUGUUACAUAAAAAUAUUGUAACAACAUCAAGCAAAAUGCUGGUAUGAAACAUGUAAACCUCUAGGAGGGAAACAAUCUGUUUUUAACUUGUCAAACCAGUUCAUAACACCGUACUGUAUCUUUAUAUUCCUCUCCUUUAAUUUUAGGAGUUUUCCAUAUGUAAAAGCUAUCAGGAUUUUUUUCUGCACUGUAUUUUUGCAUCCCAGAUUCUGAACUACUGCUUCAUACAAACAUAGUCCAUG